AUGCUUGAAAACAUCAUAAAAGCCUCCGAAUCGGCCAUCGCCAACUUUCGCUCCUCUUGCCAAGCUCUAGAAUCUUCGCUGAUCAAAUCCACCGGCGAAAUUCUCGAGUCCACCCUUAUGGCGAUGAACAAAAACGGCCUCUUGGUCGAGAAGGAGAACCGGAAAAUCAUCGAAAACGAAAGCAUGGUUCUGAAUCAAGUCUUUUUCGCGAAUAAUCGGACCUGUUCAAAGAUCCUCAAGGCUCUCGCCACGGACCAUACCUCCGUUGCGCUUCAGACAAGAGUUGCCUUCACAGAAAGAAAGAACGCCUGGAUCGAUGUCAAGAACGAAAGUGCCAAAGCAAAAUUUUUCGAAUACUUGGACCAGCAAGAGCUUAGAAACCCAAGCUUUGUGGAAGAAAUUCUCAAUGAUUUGAGGGAGAAUCAGAGUCAAGCAAUUUCACGAAGAACUGAUCUUCUUCUAAGUCUAUCUGUCAAAGGAUUCGAGAUAUUUUCCAUCAAUUUAUCAUUGUAUCAAAAACAAAGUGUUUGA